UAAAGCGUACGUAACGUGGGUCACAGUGCUCCGCGCCAGCGCACAAUUCAGUCUACUGGAUUCUCUUGUAUAUAACUUGUUUCACUUAAUCAUGUCGGCAAGUGCGCUUAAAUAUGCAUUCAGGACCAGCAAAGGGUGCAGCCUCACAUCUCUCUACAGGAUGUCCUGCAGUAAGCAUCAAACGACUGCGGCCGCUCAGAAAUCAUGCUUCAAACAAGUACAUGGGCUGCCAAACAUCGCACCCUUGGUAAGUUCGGUAGAGGAGCUGCCUGAAACCAUCCCCACCACAGUCAAAGGCACCAUCCCAACCUGGAUCCAUGGGAGUCUGCUGAGAAAUGGCCCAGGAAAGUUUGAGUUUGGGAAUCAGCAGUAUAACCACUGGUUUGACGGCAUGGCCUUGAUGCAUCGCUUUCAGAUUGAGGACGGUCAGGUGACGUACAGAAACCGCUUUUUGCGCAGCGACUCGUAUAAGCAGAACAGAGAGAGGAACCGUAUCAUGGUGUCAGAGUUCGGCACUUUGGCUCUACCUGAUCCCUGCAAGAACUUCUUUCAGCGCUUCCUGUCCAGAUUUGAGAUGAUAAAGCCAACAGAUAAUGCCAGCGUCAACUUUGUUAAAUACAAGGGUGAUUAUUAUGUCAGCACAGAGACAAACUACAUGCACAGAGUGGAUCCAGAUACUUUGGAGUCUAAAGAGAAGGUGGACUGGAGCAAGUUUAUCGCCGUGAACGGUGCUACUGCUCAUCCACACUUUGAUCCAGACGGCACAGCUUACAACAUGGGCAACUCGUACAGAAACAAAGGGGCUUUCUAUAACAUCAUCAGGGUGCCACCAGAAAGAGACUGCCCAGAAGAUACUCUAGAGGGAGCCAAGAUAUUGUGCUCUAUUGCCCCUCGUGACAAAUCCAAACCCUCCUAUUACCACAGCUUUGGCAUGUCAGAGAACUAUGUAGUGUUCAUCGAGCAGCCCAUUAAGAUGGAUCUGUUUAAGAUAGUGACUGGUAGACUAAGGGGGAAAUCGCUAAAUGAGGGAGUUUACUGGGACCCCAACCAGGAAACCAUAUUCCACCUUAUUGACAAACAGACUGGAAAGGAGAUGCCGGUGAAGUACCAUGCCAAGGCCUUGUCCACCUUCCAUCAGAUCAAUGCUUUUGAGCAGGAUGGAUUCCUCAUGCUAGACAUAUGCUGCUCUGAUGACGGUCAGGCCAUAAACAACUUCCUCAUCCAGAACCUGCGUCAAUCAGGAGAGGCUUUAGAUGAGAUGUAUAACACCAUGAGCAGGCCAUUGCCCCGUCGUUUUGUGCUGCCUCUCAACAUCACCAGUGAAACCCCACUGGAACAGAACCUCAACACACGGCCUGACAGCACCGCCACCGCCGUCUGCCGCAGUAAAAAUCAGGUAUUUUGCACAUUUGAGGAUCUCCACGGUGAAGACCUGAAAGACUACGGUGGCUUGGAGUUUCCACAUAUUAACUAUGCCAAAUAUAACACCAAACCUUAUAGAUUCUACUACGGUUGUGGCUUCAGACACCUAGUAGGUGACUCCCUGAUUAAGAUGGAUCUGGAAAGCAAAAAGUUAAAGGUUUGGCGCCAGCCUGAUCUCUAUCCGUCAGAGCCUGUCUUCGUUCCUUCACCCAAUGCUGAGGAAGAGGACGAUGGAGUGAUCCUGUCUGUGAUUAUCACACCAGCUAAGGAUAAGAGUACGUUUCUUUUAGUCUUAGAUGCCAAAACAUUUGAAGAGCUGGGAAGAGCCGAAGUGCCUGUCAACAUUCCUUAUGGAUUCCACGGAGUCUUCAACUCUAGUGCAUGAAGCUCUUUGGAUCACUCCAACUAAAUAACAAAUAGCAAGUAGCUCUUCAAAAUGGUUGCCACACCAGUCGCCUCUACUAUUGAAAGCAAGAGACUAACAGAACAAUAUAUCAAAGAAAUCAGCCCAAAGAGAUCACAUAUCAACCUCAUAUAUUUUUUGAAAGAACAACAUAUAUAGUUAGUUGAUUUUCUGCAAGAACUGAUACCUUAACUAAAACAAUACAAUAACUGUGGAGUUAAAUUUUAAUUUUUCUACAACUUUUAACAUGAAAAAGUUUUACGUGCUGUGGCUUUGUUCCAAAAUGUUUGAUGUGGGGUGGGUUUAGUAUCCGUGUUCAUUAUCAUGGCCCACUCAGUCAUAAUAUAAUAAUUAUAUAAUAUAAUUUCUAAACAGCAUUAGAAAAUGCUAUUUAACAAUAAGAAUAAUAAGAUGGCGAGAUAUGCAAACACUGUGUUGUUUCUGUAGACCUGUCAGAAAAUAUUGAAGGCUUUGCUUUUAUUUUUGGGGAAAAGAACUGCUUUUUAUUAUGUGAAAUGAUGGGUUUUGGUGUUAAACAUUAUGGUGAACUGCAAAAAAAAAGGUAACACUUCAUUGGUUCAUUUGUUAAUAUUAGUUAGCAUGAACUAAGAAUGAAAAAUUAUUUUACAGCAUUUAUUAAUUUUAGUUAAUAUUAAUUUCAGCAUUUACUAAUGCUUUAUUAAAAGUCGUGUUUGUUAACGUUAGUUAAUACACCGUGAACUAACAUGCAUGAACAGUGAGCAACUGUAUUUUUAUUAACAUGAACAAAGAUGAAUAAAUAGUGUAAUAAAUGCAUUGUUAAUAGUUUGAUCGUGUUAGUUACUACAUUAUCUAAUGUUAACAAAUGACACCUUAUUGUAAAGUGUUACCAAAUUAUAUGACCUCUUUAGAUUGAGCCAAGUGAUCUCAUUUUGAUACAUAUAUGAUUUCUCUCUACAUAUUCAAUCUGUGUUAUUUUCUCUUCUACUGUUUUUAUCUUUUACACUGUCGACUUCAUGUUUAUGCUAUAUCACAACAUGAAACGUUUGCAAUUCAUGUUAUUCGCUCAGUUAAACAAAACUUGUUUCUUUGCUCUAAAAGCAAAUGUGAACAUACCACUAGAUGUGAAUGUGCUCAUGGAUAAUAUGGUUAAUAUUUUCCAUUUUCAGGCCUGCUUCCUUAAAGGUGCUUAAAAAGCAGAUGUGCCAUAUGAAAAAUUAAUGUUGAUAGUUAAGUAACAAAAAACAAUCACAUUUUUUCUACCUCUUUGUGAAGUAAUAUUCGAAAGAACUGCUUCUCUUGUGCAUUACUCUUUAUAUCCGCAUAUGCAUUUAUACACUUUUAUUUUUUAUCAAUUCUAAUUGUGACGUAACAAUCACAAUGACUGUGCUGAAUAUUUGUACACACAAUACUCAGUUCAUACGGUCAGCUUUAAUAAAAAAAAAACAUUCAUAAUGUUUAAAAGCAAAAA